AUGCAAAAAACAAUUUUGGUAUCGCUCAGCUUAAUUUUUGUGGCCAAUGCCAACAUCAUUUGGCGAUACCAGAGAGCCGACGGCGAGCCGCAAAGGGAUAUUGACUUUUCUGAGCAUACAUGGACACCUCUAGGCCCCGCCCAAAUGCAAGACUACUACGGUAUCCUUUCCCAUACGUCAAGAUCGCUGCCGGAAAUUGAAAAGGAGCAACAAUCGUUUCGAUUUAUGGAGGCGCCUGUAUCCCUGAGCAAUCCGGUGUUCAAUGUGUUCUCCAAAAUGAGUGAUUUGUAUCGAUGGAUAGCAAAUAAGAAGCGAUCGCCGAUCAAUGAUAUCGAUUAUUGA